AUGUGCGAAAUUGCAGUAUCCCAAAGUUAUAAUAAUUGGGAUGAAAAGUGCAGGUGUUGGAUGCAACGGCAAUACGCCAGAUUCUGGACACGUCCGACAACACCAGUACCAGGAAGACACACAGCAGUAAGAGAACAACGAGAAGAG